CGGCACUGCGCCCUCCAGCAGAGGCGCCGCACAGCAGAGUGGGCCACCGCGGCCACCGCAGCGUGUGCGGGGGGCUGGCAGCGGGCAGUGGAGGGGCGGCUGCGCCCGCGCAGCACAGCCGAGCGGAGCCGAGCGCGCAGCCUGGCCGCCGCCGCCUGGCACAUGCCAUCGCCGCCACAAAGAGCUCCCUGAACCCGGGCGGCCCUAGCUCCAGGGGCUGCGCCUCGCAGGAGGCUCUGCGCUACGGGCCGUGGGGAAGGGACCAGACUGAGGAUGGCCCGGAAGAGAAAGCCCCCCUGCAUCCAGGGUGAUUCAAGGAGCUAUGAUCCAGAUUUCCAGAGACCUACUGCGAACAGGAGUUGUACGGACGUUCUGUGCUGUAUGAUCUUCAUACUGUUUGUUACGGGCUACGCUCUGUUAGGACUCGUGGCUUGGACACAUGGUGACCCCAGGAGAGUGGCCUAUCCUACAGACAGCCAGGGACACUUUUGUGGCCAGAAGGGAACCCCCAAUGAGAACAAGACCAUUUUGUUUUACUUUAACCUGUUCAGGUGUACCGGUUCUUCCAUGAUGCCGAGGCUACAGUGCCCUACUACACAGUCAUUUAAGGCUGGAUCUGUGGAGAGGAGAAACAAACCCCAGAUCUGCGUCUCCAGGUGCCCAGAGAAAUUUCUAACCUACUUCGAAAUGCAAUUCUUUAAUGAAAGAGACAAAAGCCACUGGGAAUACUACCGCCAGUUCUGCAAGGCCACGGCCAGGCCUGCAACGACUUUCUCAGAUCUGUCCCGUGGUGACUGCCCCCCAGCAGUUUAUCCAAGUAGACCUUUCCUGCAGAGAUGUCUGCCUUACUUCUCCUCCAUCAAGGGAAAUUUAACCAUAGGAAAUGAGAUGCAAUUUGAAGAUGGAAGUGGGAGGAGCAGAAAUGUCAUAGAACUCACGGAGGUUGCGAAUGGCAUCACUAAAUUCCUCAAUGCAAGGACAUUUGGGAUGAAGGUAUUUGAAGACUAUGUGACUUCAUGGAAGUGGAUUCUCAUUGGCCUGACCAUUGCCAUGGUGCUGAGUUGGACUUUUUUGAUACUCCUGAGGUUCAUAGCUGGAUUCCUCUUCUGGGUCUUCACAUUUGGUGUGCUUGGAAUUCUAGGAUAUGGAAUAUGGUAUUGUUAUCUGGAAUACAAUGACCUUCAGGAAAAACCACAGUCAGCUUUCAUGAUCUACGACAUUGGGAUUAAGACCAACAUAAGCAUAGUCUUUCCUUUGAAACAGACGUGGUUCUCAAUGAUGAUCAUCUUGUCCAUCAUUGAAGCCGUCAUCAUCAUUGUGCUGAUCUUCUUCAGGAGGCGGAUCCUCGUGGCCAUCAUCCUGCUGAAGGAAGGAAGCAAAGCCAUUGGCUACAUCCCCAGCACCUUAGUCUACCCGAUUUUAACUUUCUUCUUGCUGUCAAUCUGCAUUUCCUACUGGGCCGUGACAGCCAUUUUCUUGGCCACAUCAGGGGUACCAAUAUUCAAAGUUAUGGUCCCAGAAGGAGAAUGUAGAUAUGAAGAUGAAAUCUGUGACCCAGAGAUUUUUCCUAAAACUAACAUUCCCAAACUCUGCCCUGGGGCAUCAUGUAACUUCGCUUUCUAUGGCGGAAGGAGUGUGUAUGACAGUUACAUCGUGACCUUCCAGAUCUACAACCUCUUUGCCUUUCUCUGGCUUAUAAACUUCGUCAUUGCACUGGGUCAGUGUACACUCGCCGGUGCCUUCGCCUCUUAUUACUGGGCCAUGAGAAAACCUGAGGACAUCCCCAAGUACCCGCUCUUCAUCUCAUUUGGACGAGCAGUACGAUAUCACACGGGUUCUCUAGCCUUUGGAUCUUUGAUCCUGGCAUCAGUUCAGAUGUUCAAAGUGAUCUUAGAAUACCUGGACAGGCGACUUAAAAAGAAAGAGAACAGAGUUUCCAAGUUCCUACAGGGCUGCCUACAGUGUUGUUUCUGGUGUUUAGAAAAGUUGGUGAAGUUCUUAAACAGAAAUGCCUAUAUCAUGAUUUCAUUAUAUGGCAAAAACUUCUGUGAUUCAACAAAGGAUGCUUUCUAUCUGCUCAUGAGAAACAUUCUGAAAGUUGCAGUUACAGAUGAAGUCACACACUUUGUAUUACUCCUGGGAAAAAUUCUAGUUUCUGGGAUUGUCGGUGUCCUGGCCUUCCUACUCUUCACAGAGAGACUGCAAAGGAUUAUAGAAGGACCAACGACUUUAAAUUACUACUGGGUACCUUUCCUGACCAUCGUGAUUGGAUCUUACCUGAUUGCUCACGGAUUCUUCAGUGUCUAUUCAAUGUGUGUUGAAACCAUUUUCAUCUGCUUCUGUGAAGAUCUGGAGAGAAAUGAUGGAUCUGCAGAGAAACCUUACUUUGUAACCCCCAGCCUGCACAGGAUUCUGACCAAGAAGCACCCAGUUCCCCAGAGACAGACAGAAUAGAAAAGCUCCAAGCAGGGGUUUUGUGAAUUAGGUUGAUUGCAAUAUGAAAAUGUUGCUUUGGAGCAGUGUGCAGAUUCCACGCUGUUUCUGAAAAGGUUGCAAUUGGUACCAUUUGAGGGUCAGGGGUUUGAUUGACAGUGGCCUAACUUACUUUAUAGACUGUGGUCCCAACUGCAAAAAAUUGUAGGUGACAAUGUUUUAAUAAUUUUUAUAACUUUGCUAGCCUUUCUUUUUUAUAAGUGUGUAUUUGUAAAGGAUAUUCAGGCAAUUUUUUACAACACUAUAAAUGUGUAAUCAAUUAGCCAUAAAAAUAUUGUAGUUGACCAGCAUAUGGAACUAAAUUUGUAAAUAUGGUGCUAUGGUUAUAGUUACUGUUUAAGCUGGUGAACAGCUCUCUAAAACUGUGAUUCAACUUGUAACCCUGGUUCCCUAGAAAGCAUUUUUCAAGUGGGCGAGUUAGUCCAUGACAAGCAUGUAGAGGUGCGGGUCUCAUGGGUUCAGCAGCUAACAUCACUACAGAUGAAGUGAAUCUGAGGCCUAGUGGUCCAUCUGUUUCAGAAAUGAGACUCAUAUUGGGGUCAAAUCUAGGUUUGGAAAUAUCAUUUCCAUUCCUAUGAACCUUUGGCCACCUGAGAAUAUUCUGAAAACAGAGCAGAAAUGGCUGUCUCACUCAUCUCUUGCCUUUUGCCUGAGUUUCCUGUUCCAGACAUAUAGAAGGCCUGUGGACUUUCCUUUUCGUGAGUACACAUGUGUGUUUUGUGUGACUUCUUAUGCAGAAGGUCUGAUUUCAACUUCCAGUGAGGGAAGGAAGCAAAUGGGUCUGUUCAGAUUUUACUCUAAUAGGCCUUCUAUCAGGGUGUGUGUUUCACAUUGGAAAUUCCACGCCCCAUCACCCCAGGGCUUAGAAAAGAAGCUGGUUUGUUGUGGUCAUGCCUGAAUCUCUCAUGAUGCAGAAAAGUGUGAAUUGGACCAGUACACCUUGCCUGCUCUUCCCUGUGUGUGGAGGUGGACCUUAUGGCUAGUUACAAAAGCCCCUCCAAGAGCACAGGAUUAAUCAGUGCCCUUUUGGCACUAAACUCAUGUCAGAUUGUCUAUAUAUUAAUAAUGGAAUGUGUGGAUAUCAAUACGGCCCUCACGUUUGAGAGUCGGAAAUAUAUCCUUGAGUUAUAAGUUAAUAUAAACGCUAAUUUAUUUACUUAUCAUGAAGUGUGUGGACCUAGAUUUAGAAUGGUUUUAUGAAGACUUCCUACAUAGAGUCAAUUGUUCCAGAAGGUUUUCAAAGUGUUGGUCCGCGUGACUGCCAGCCUCUUGUUCUGGGCUUACUUUAUUGAGAUUAUUCGGUCCCAAUGUCACUUGGCAAAGAACCUUCCUCAUCCUUCCUUGAUAAGGAGAGAAAAUCGAUCGCUUGUCUUUUUCUUGAAUUUUCGUAGUCUUUUGUUUUCAACCAUGCAAGGACCUCAGCAAAGACCUUUAAGAAUGUGACAUCUGCUAGUGAACCUAUAGCCACAGGUGUCCACUUUACCCAGUGAUAAAAUCCUCUAGUUGAUUCAGCUACACACAAAAACUUGCUAUAGAUCAGAUGUGAGAAAUCAGCUGUCUUUUUGCUGUGCUAUGGUGUAUUCCUGCUCAGAAAAAUAGUCUCUGUUUAUUACUUCUGUAAUUAAAAUGUAUAGAGUAAAAAUGAAUGUUGUUUUUGAGGAGAAUUUUAGAAGCCAUUUUUUACACAGCAAUUAAAGUUUUUAAAAUACAGAGCAAUAUUUUCAGAACUGUCCAUGGAAGAUUUGAGAUUACACAUAAAGGCCACUUUGUCAGGGUUUUACUAUCUAAAUUGUCAUAGGCAAAACAGAGACAAUGUGGAAACGGAUAUUGUAAAUUAGAAAGUAAAUUUGGGUGGGGAGUAAAUGUUAUUUCCUCAGUCAUUCCAUGGAAAGGCUUGAACUGUUGCCAGAACUGACCUGGGACACAGAAUGAAAUGGUAGCUUUUCGUUUUAUUAACAAGGGCUGAUGGUUUUCCAUAGCUGUUUACAAUGAUACUGAUGUGUGUCUAAAAGCGAUGUCUGGCGUUGCUGUGCAGCGAGUGGGCAGCAGGUGGCGAUGUUGCUCCUCCUACCGCUCUGCUGUGCUGUUGACGCUCUGCCCUCCUCCCUCCUAGUGGAAGACCUAGAGAUAAACGAGGGCUCUGGCGCAAGACCCCUUUUCACCACUCCGACUCUCAUGAA